AGCCUGCUCUCGCAUCUACUCGAUCAUCACGCUUCAAAGCGAGCUAGUAGCUAGUGACGAACGAUUUUUUCUUUCCAUCUCAUCUUGUGAGUGACCGCCAUUAAAGCGAGACAAAAGAUUAAAAAGUGCUGUUCCUACGUGCUUGGUGCAAAAGUGAAUUACAAAUAAGUGAAAUUUAGCGAGACCACUGGUGAUCCGGAUUGGAUUCAACUGGGGGCUCCCUUCCGAGGAACGCUCCUGCGACAAAACUAAACUUAUUUCCCGCUGGAUUACCAGCGACAUUUUCUUCGGCUGACCAGUUACCCCAAAAGCUACGAAAAUUGAGACCUCGGGGGCCUUCACCGGGCCGAUCAUGUUCACUACGAACAAUAUCCAGGCCGGGACGCCGGUCGGGAUACAGUAUCAAACGACCACCACCGAUGUGAACAAGCAGGUCAAAAUCGACACGCAGAAGGGAGCGCAGCAAACGCCCGAGUUUUCCACCUUCUACGCGAACGUGAACAUGAUCCAAAAGCUAACGCCCACAUCGCAAGCCCUGAGUACGGUCAACCUGGCCCAGCUGGCGGACGACACGAAAACGGUGCAAUAUUUGCAGCCCUUCAGCUACGCGAACUGUGCCCUCGUCAACCAGAUGCAGAUCCCGAACGGGGUCACCGGAAUAACCGUGGACGGACGACAAUUGGUGGUAAAUAAACCAAUUACUUCAUUACAGAAUACAAUUUCCAACAUAAGCUUCAAGUGCGAUGUCUGUGGCCUGAUGUUCAAUCAUUUGACUCUACUGAAUCAUCACAAACGUACCCACAACCAGGAUGGCGAAGCAACGUCCGAUGCCAUCACUGUUGUAACGCAGCCUCAGAAUCUGGUCCAAGCUCAAAAUAUCAUCUCGGAAACAGGACAAAAUCUUGGACAGAUCCAGAUUGUGGCAACUGAAACUUUAGAUCCGGCUCCUCAGCAGCAACAUUUGGAACAACAGCAACAGCAGCAUCAGCAACAACAACAACAGCAGCAGCAGCAGCAACAACAACAGCAACAACAGCAGCAACAGCAACAACAUCAACAGCAGCAGCAUCAUCAGCAAAUAGUACAAGUCACAACCCAAGUGAAAGCUGACAAGAUUCAGAAAUGUAUAACCUGCGGAGGCCCAAUUCAAAACAACCCAAAACGUAAAGGACCCAAGUUGAUCCGCUGCGAGACCUGCAUAAGCAAUGAUAAUGUGCACAACGUGGCAAGAACGGCAACGCAGAUCUUCGUGGCGCCCGAUGGAGACAUAAAGUUCGAAAUUGGCGAAAUCCCCACUGCGUCCAACAGUAAUUCAUCGAUGGAGUCGCUGAUGCCGCCCCAAAUUACCACCAUCAAAACGGAACUUGCGGCAAUGGCGCCUGCCCAGAUAAUGACACAUCCCGUCAAGAAGCGCAACAUGGCCACGGUGACCAAGUGCAACAAAUGUAACGGUUCGGGUGUGAUUAUUGUGGGCAACCAGAAGAAACAUCUGCAUGCCAACAACAACGUAGUGCAUCAGCAUCAAACGCAAGAGAAACCAUUCACGUGCAACACCUGCGGAGGUCGAUUUUCGCGAUAUUCCAGCUUAUGGUCGCACAAAAAGCUGCACUCUGGCGAGAAGAAUUACAAGUGUAACGUGUGCGGGAUAGCGUUCGCAAAGGCGGUCUAUCUGAAAAAUCACACGCGAAUCCAUACGGGAGAGAAGCCCUACAAAUGCGGUACGUGUGGAAUGCAGUUCUCCCAGUCACCCCACCUGAAAAAUCACGAGAGAACACACAGCGGAGAGAAACCGUACGUCUGUGAGGUGUGUGACAAAGGAUUUGCCCGCCAUGCCACCCUCUGGAAUCACCGACGCAUCCACACGGGAGAGAAACCUUACAAAUGCAACCGAUGUCAAUCAGCGUUCAGCCAGGCAGCUCACUUGAAGAACCAUGAGAAGGUGCACUCUGGUCUCAAACCGUUUAAGUGUGACAUUUGCUCGGCAGCAUUCGCAGACCGAUUUGCACUCAAGCGACACCGUGGAAUCCAUGAGAAAUAUGGACAAACCGCACCGCUGCAUCAGAACCAAGUUGUCCACAAGGAGGAAAUCAUCGAGAUGGACGACAAACCACGGGAAGUGAUAAUUAAUACAAUGUAAUAAGCCGCAUAAAUAACAGAGAACGCGGUAUGCACACAACUGGAAUAAACUGAGCUAUAUUUCGUUUGGCGGUGAAAACCUUCUGUUUUGUUAUACUAGUGAGUAACAAACAGUUAUCGUUGGUGGUUCUUCAGUUGGAGAUAGUGGCCCUAAUGUAAAUGAUACAUUUCUCACCCACGAAUGAGUGAUGGACAUUCAUUCCGAAGCUCACCUCAACGCAACAACCAUCUUACGAAGCCAUAUUAAAACACAUUUUUGUAGUUAUUCACUUUAGUUCGGGAAAAUUAAAAAUAGUGAUAAUUUUUAAAUUACAGAAUUAAAAUUUAAAACAAAUAUCGAUGUAGUUUGAUAGAAUCAAUCAUAGUAUGUAGUUUUAACAGUCAGCAAGAGGAUGUGAAUCAGAAACCCUUCGCUGUGAAAUCGUGUAAACGAUGAAAUGAACAGAUUUAUAUAUAUACACACACAUACAAAAGACGCAAAUCGUAGUAUUCUAAGUGAAAAAUGUAAAUACGGCGAUGAUUAACGGAAAAUACAGAGAAUUGAAAUAUACUUCCAGA